CAUGCUUGCGUGUUUUACUUCUGAACCUUAAAGCAGAACGCUUGUCAGCCGCGCCAAACAUGAGCAAGAUCCUGGUCACCGGUGGCAACGCGGGCAUCGGCUUGGCCCUCUGCAAGCAGCUGACCUACGAGGGGCGCCACGUGUACCUCGGCUCCCGGUCCCUCGAGAAGGGCGCUGCCGUCAAGGCCAUCAUGGACGGGCUCCCGGCGGGUUGCGCCGGCAAGUGCGAAGUCGUGCAGCUGGACACCUCCUCAGACUCCUCCGUGGCUGCGGCCGUGGAAGCGGUGAAGAGUAGCCUGGGCAGUGAUCAGCUCUAUGGGAUCGUGAACAACGCGGGCACCGGCCUCGGCCACGGGGUGACUGCGGACGUGGUCAUGAAUACCAACCUCUUCGGUCCGAAGCGGGUCAUUGAAGGCUUCAUGCCCUUGCUCAACAAGGAGGGCCGCAUCGUGAACGUGGGCUCCGGAGCAGGCCCCAUGUACGUGGCAAGGUGCCCACCGGAGGUGAAGAAGAUGCUUUGCAACCCGGAGAUCACUUGGCCGGAGAUCGCCGAGCACGCGAAGAGUGGCCUCGGCUCUGCGGCGGACGCCAUGGGCGGCUAUGGCCCUUCCAAGGCGCUGCUGAGUUGCUACACCAUGCUCUUGGCCCGUGAGCACCCCUCGCUGUCCAUCAGCUGCAUCUCGCCAGGCUUCAUCGACACCGGCAUGACCUCGGGCAUGGGCGCCAGCAAGUCUCCGGAGGAGGGCACCGUCUCGAUUCGGCAUUGCCUCUUCGAGAAGUUGCCGGGCAACGGCUGGUACUAUGGCUCUGAUGCAGUGCGAUCCCCGCUUCACUACAUGCGCAACCCAGGCGAGCCAGCGUACAACGGGGAGCCAGUGAGCUGAGAGCACAGGGGACCCGCUUGAUGGGUUUUCUGAUUGUUUGCGACAUAUGUAUAUGUGCAGGAUGUGGCUUGUGGCA